GAAAGCGAAACGAAAAACCCUCCAUCCCUCCCUCCAUAUUGUAAAAUCGAAUAAGCACACAAGGGGGAAAUCGAAACAGACUUAUUUGCUUGCUACUGUUUUGCUACAGUUGAGACAUACAAACUUGAAGAUCGGAGUUGGUGUUCUUAUUGCUCAACUAUAGAAGUACUUAAUUGUAGCCCUGCAAUUGAGUUGUUUAUGCUUCGAAAUGACGACGUAUGCUUGAACAGGAAUACUGGAGGAGCUUAAACCAAUGGUUACUUCUUUUUAGGUUAAAAAAUAACUGUAUACCUUUUACAUCAUUGAUGGCGGCAGAUAAAUGCGAAGAGGAAGAAGAUCUUGGCAGUACAUCAAGUGACUCUUUCAUCAAUGACAGUGACAACGAUGAACCCUCAACAUCUGGUCAAGAUGAUGCGAUGCAUCUCGAGCCACAUCUUACAGAUGAAGACAUUGAAGGGCUAAUUGCUGAGCUUUUGACAGUUGAGAGUAAGGCGGCAGAGGCCCAAGAAGCUCUUGAAGAUGAGUCACUAGCGAAAGUGGAAGUUGAAGUGCGGGAAGAGUUAGCACAAUCUCUUGAGGGUGAAGCUCUUGAGAGUGCCGUUGCUGAGGAAAUGUUAGCUCUCAGAGAUAAAUGGGAAGACGAGCUUGAUGACCUUGAAACAGAGAGUGCUCACUUGUUGGAGCAACUUGAUGGUGCAGGAAUUGAACUCCCAAGCCUUUAUAAGUGGAUAGAGAGCCAGGCCCCAAAUGGAUGCUGUACAGAAGCAUGGAAAAAUAGGACACACUGGGUUGGAUCGCAGGUUACUGGUGAUGCUACUGAGUCAAUUGCAGAUGCUGAGAAGUAUCUGCAAACUCACAGGCCUGUCAGAAGACAUCAUGGUAAACUUUUGGAGGAAGGUGCUAGUGGGUUUCUUGGGAAACGUCUUGUUCCUGAAGAUGACAAAGAAACCAAUCGUGAUGUAGAUUGGUCGUCUUUCAACGAAUUGUGCUCUUCAUCAACAAAUAAUACUUCUUUUGGAAGCAAAAGCUGGGCUUCUGUAUACUUGGCCAGUACACCGCAACAAGCUGCGGAAUUGGGACUCAACUUUCCUGGUGUAGAUGAGGUUGAGGAGAUUGAUGAUAUUGAAGGCAGCUUGAACGACCCAUUUGUUGCUGAUGCUAUAGUGACUGAGAGAGAACUAUAUCUUUCUGAAGAUCAUAAGAAGAAUUUCAGAAAGGUUAAAGAAGAAGAUGAUGUAAAUAUCGACCGUAAGCUUCUAUUCCGUUUGAACCAAAAGAGACAGAGAAAGAAGUUAAAGCAGGAGGGUAUCAGGGAAGCCGAGGAAAAUGACAUCAGUGAUGAUAUUGAAUAUCAAACAUCAAAUACCGAACACAAGUCAUCGAGUGAUCUUGAAUUGCGAAAUCAAAAGAGUAAUGGUCCUUGUGCAGUGCUUUCUGGGUCCAAACGGCCAUCUGACAGUGUUGAACUAUCUGAUAGCAAAAAGCUCAGGGCUAUGAAUACUGACAGUGCUGAUGUCGAACUUGUUGCAGCGGACGGAUGUACUUCUCCGUGCAGCGCGAGUGAAACACUUGAUCCAUCUGAUCAGCAAGGAAACGGGGAUGCCACGGUUGAUACUAAUGACCCGAACGAUGAAUUUCAUUGCACCGCUUGUGACAAGGUUGCUAAUGAAGUGUAUACACAUCCACUCUUGAAAGUAAUUGUUUGCAGAAACUGCAAAUAUCUAUUAGAAGAAAAAUUGAAAGAAACGGAUCCGGAUUGUUCCGAGGGUUUCUGUGGAUGGUGUGGAAAAAGCAAGGAUUUAAUAAGUUGUAGGGCAUGCAAAACCUUGUUCUGUACUUCAUGUAUAAAGAGGAAUCUUGGCGAAGAUUUUUUUUUAAAAGCACAGGAUUCUGGUUGGCAAUGCUGUUGCUGCUCCCCGAGUAUCCUACAGCCGUUGACUUCACAGUUAGAAAAAGCAUUUAUAUCUAGAAGUGAAUCUUCAAGUUCAGAAAGCGAUUCGGAUGACUCUGAUGAUUCAAGUGAGUCAGAUGAAAAUAUCCGUGUUCACAUUAGCAAAAGGAGACGAAAGAAGAAGAUCCGUAGAAUCCUUGAUGAUGCUGAAUUAGGAGAAGAUACUAAAAGAAAAAUUGCAAUCGAAAAGGAACGUCAAGAGCGUCUUAAGUCGCUGGAAGCUGAGCGUCUGAAGUCACUAAAAUCAAUGAAGACGGAUUAUGCAAAUUUUAGGGCAACCGUAUCUGAAGGGGCUACCGUUGACAUGUUAGGUGAUGCACAAACUGGUUAUAUUGUAAAUGUCGUUAGGGAGGAAAAGGAGGAGGCUGUGAGGGUUCCCCCAAGCAUCUCAAUCAAAUUGAAAUCUCAUCAGGUUGCAGGUAUAAGGUUCAUGUGGGAAAAUAUUAUACAAUCAAUCCCGAAAGUGAAGUCUGGGGAUAAGGGACUUGGUUGCAUUCUUGCGCAUACUAUGGGGUUAGGUAAAACAUUGCAGGUUAUAGCAUUUCUGUAUGCUGCUAUGAGAAGUGUGGACAUAGGAUUAAAAGCUGCCAUGAUUGUCACACCUGUGAAUGUUUUGCACAACUGGAGGCAUGAGUUUACAAAAUGGAGACCUACAGAAUUUAAGCCUAUUCGUGUCUACAUGCUUGAAGACGUCCCAAGGGAUAGACGACUUGAGUUGUUAAUGAAGUGGAGAGCUAAAGGCGGUGUUUUCUUGAUUGGUUAUACUAAUUUCCGUAAUUUGUCUCUUGGAAAACAUGUCAAGGACCGUCACAUGGCUAAGGAAUUUUGCAGGACUCUUCAGGAUGGACCUGAUAUACUUGUUUGUGAUGAGGCCCACAUGAUUAAGAACACAAGGGCUGAUACAACUCAGGCCUUAAAGCAAGUGAAAUGCCAGCGACGAAUAGCAUUGACAGGGUCGCCUCUUCAGAAUAACCUCAUGGAGUAUUAUUGUAUGGUUGAUUUUGUGAGAGAAGGAUUUCUCGGCAGCAGUCAAGAGUUCAGAAACCGCUUCCAAAAUCCUAUUGAGAACGGCCAACACACUAAUUCUACAUCAGAUGAUGUGAAAAUCAUGAACCAGAGAUCUCAUAUCCUCUAUGAACAAUUGAAGGGAUUUGUCCAACGAAUGGAUAUGAAUGUCGUGAAGAAGGAUUUACCCCCCAAAACUGUUUUUGUAAUUGCUGUGAAGCUUUCUCCUAUGCAAAGGAGACUAUACAAAAGAUUUCUUGAUGUACAUGGACUCACGAACGAGAAGGCUUCUAAUGAAAAGACCAGGAAGAGUUUUUUCGCCAGUUACCAGGCAUUGGCUCAGAUAUGGAAUCAUCCUGGAAUAUUGCAAUUAAUGAAAGAUAAAGACUUCAGCAAACGUGAGAAUUUUCUUGUGGAAGACAGUUCUAGUGAUGAUAUCUUGGACUAUACCAUGGCCAACAGAGAUAAGUUGAGGAACAGAAAUGACAUAUCAUCUCGAAAGAACGUCAGUGGCUUUUUCAAGGAGAAUUGGUGGGACGAUCUUCUUCAAGAGAACGGUUAUGAGGCUGAAAAUAGUGGUAAAAUGGUUUUGCUGCUUGAAAUUCUAAGCUUGUGUUAUGAUGCUGGUGAUAAGGCACUGGUUUUCAGCCAAAGUUUACCCACACUUGAUCUCAUUGAACGCCACCUUUCCAAACUAACCCGGACAGGGAAAAGCAGGAAAUGUUGGAAAAAGGGAAAAGACUGGUACAGGCUAGAUGGACGAACAGAGGGGUCAGAGAGACAAAAGCUGGUUGAGAAGUUCAAUGAUCCCUCGAAUAAGAGGGUGAAAUGCACUUUAAUAUCAACCAGAGCUGGAUCUCUGGGUAUUAACCUUUAUGCCGCUAACCGUGUGAUUAUUGUUGAUGGCUCUUGGAACCCAACAUACGAUCUUCAGGCUAUCUAUCGUGCUUGGAGAUAUGGACAAACAAAACCUGUGUUUGCAUACCGUCUAAUGGCACAUGGAACGAUGGAGGAAAAGAUUUAUAAGCGUCAGGUUACUAAAGAAAGUCUUUCGGCAAGGGUCGUUGAUAGACAGCAAGUCCAUAGGACAAUAUCUAAAGAAGAGAUGUUGCAUCUCUUUGCCUUCGGCGAUGAAGAAAACCUAAAUAAUUCUUCUAAACUGGACCAAGUGGUUAGCAAUGUAGCAGCUACACAAAGUACCGGUGAAGUCGGAAAUUCUUCAAAACCAAAAAGUCCUCUUCCUCAUGCAACUAUUUCUUCUGACAAGUUCAUGGAAGUAUUACUCAGUAAACAUCAUCCAAGGCCAGUGUCUUCAAGGAAACACCCCUCUCUACCCCCUGAGGUAGAGGUAAGAUGGAUUGCAAAUUAUCAUGAACACGAGAGUCUUCUACAAGAGAACGAAGAUGAAAAGCUAUCAAAAGAAGAACAAGACAUGGCUUGGGAAGUUUACCGUAGAACUCUAGAAUGGGAAGAAGUUCAGAGGAACCCAGUUGAUGGAUUCACAACCAUCCUAAAACCAACCAUGAACGGAAUCUCAGAGGUCAAACCACCGGUUCAACCUCAACUUACAACCAAGAAACCACCUGCAGUCACCAGGGUGUGUUCCAGGAACCGUUUUGUUCUCCGAAAAUGCACAAACUUGGCCCAUAUGCUAACCCUAAGGAGUCAAGGUGUGAAAUCAGGUUGCAGCACCAUUUGUGGUGAAUGUGGGCAGGAAAUUAGCUGGAAUGGGCUCAAUAAGUGAAAAGGGUUGGCACUUUUUGGUUAGACAGAAAGUUAACUGAGAUGGUUUUUUGAUAUAUAGUGUAAAUCAUUGAUAUUAUAUGUUGUGAGUCCCAUAUUCGGGUGUUGCAAUAACCUUUUGCGACCAACGAUGGUUAGACUUGUAGCGUUCAAAAGAGUUGGUCUUGUGAGCUAGUUGCAUAGUUUUUUUUGGAGUAUGCACAUUAUAAUUGAAGAACAACCGGUCUUUUUGCCCGUGACAUUGAUAUUGAAAGUUAAUUAAAUUC